GCGUGCUGUGUUGACUUGCUUCUUCAUACAAUUUCAAGUGCUGCACAUAUUCUAGAGACACAAAAGACACAAUGGCGACUGAUCUGGCCUCUGACAUUGAAUAUCUAAAGAGCCUCCAGGCCGUCCGGGAGCGCUCGCGAAUCGUCCUUGACGGGGCCCGAAAGGGGAGCCUCAACAACUUUAUUUACGAUGAGAGUCGCAUGAAAGACACGGCCGAGUUUGUGGCCGGCGUGAUAUCCCGAGACUUUGGCCCCGACCGAUAUGCAGAGAUUCCUCCCCACGGAAGGUGGGAGCAUUUCAGCAUCGGAGGCGUCCCGCGUCUGGAAAAUCUUGUACAAAAGUGGCAAGAUGAGGGAGUGGAAGAUGUAGAAAUCACUCGACGCCUCAUUGACCUCUUCUUCGUGUCGGUCCUGCUCGAUGCCGGAGCGGGAGACACCUGGUCCUUUCGCGAGCCCGGAAGUGACAAGUCUUAUGGCCGCAGCGAGGGCAUCGCCGUAGCCUCGCUGUACAUGUUUAACGACGGGGCUUUUAACUCAGCUGCGGAUGGAAACAAGUCUGCUGUAGAUGGACGUGCUCUCAGCCAGCUCACAGAAGACGCAUUCAUUCGCCACUUCCAAGUUGGGCCCCAGAAUCCCAUCGUGGGCUCUGCAUCCAGAAUCGAGCUAUUGAAUAAUUUCGGAAAGUCUCUUCUUACUAUCCCAGAUGUCUUUGGCGAAACCGGUAGGCCUGGUCUGCUUGUUGACUAUCUCCUCAAGGAUGGCAAAGACAAGGAUCUCAACUACGAAACUCUCUGGGGUAUCCUUCAGCGUCUUCUACUCCCUGCGUGGCCAUCAAACCGCCCAAAGAUCAACGGCCAGCCCAUCGGAGACGCAUGGCCGCUCCAACUUCUACAGGACGCUGCUGGCGAAAACAAGAAUCCAACGGCUGGAUUCCACCCAUUCCACAAACUGACCCAGUGGCUCGGCUACUCCCUCACCGUGCCCUUUAUGAAAGUACUGAAGCUGAAGUGGAUCAACAUCGAGACAGGGACAGGCCUUCCAGAGUACCGCAACGGAGGGCUCUUUGUCGACAUGGGCGUCCUCAAACUGAAGCCCGAAGUUCUCAGCCAAGGCGUCAAGGCUUCGGGUCAAGCUUUGCCGCUAUUCCCUUCUACCGGAGACGUGAUUGUGGAAUGGCGCGGCUUGACGGUGGCUCUGCUGGAUGAGCUACAUACACUUGUCAAUGGCAUAUUGGCGCCACAAGGAGUUUCUCUGUCGCUGCCGCAGCUGCUGGAGGCUGGGUCGUGGAAGAGCGGCAGAGAGCUGGCGGCCAAGUAUCGGCCAGAGACUCGAUCCAGCCCGAUACUGAUUGAUGGAGAUGGGACUCUUUUUUAGAAGGCUAUCAUGGGAAGGCGGAUAUAGAGUAUAUUGGUUUAAUGGAUUUACUGAGAUGACUCUGGUAUCAUCUCUAUACCUUAAGGAUAUUUGGUAACGUAUCUGACGCUGAUGGCUGCCUGAGCGGCUACCCAAUUUUUGCGCAUGUUUAGUCGCAUCUUGUCUAGAUCAAAUUCGUUUCCCAUUGUUGGAUGCACUCACUUUUGUUGCUGUUGGCAAUGCCGACCUUUUUCAAGGCCAGCCAGAUUGAACCAUUAGAAAGAUGUAGAGGUGAGAGAAGCUUGGGUCGAAAUCAGUAUUACACUGCCUAGGUAGAAUGAAUAGAAUACUUGCUAAAUGUAACCAUUCUUCAUCCA